AUGGCAAGUAUAACUUUGCGCAAACGAUUAGCAUUUCUCUUCGCAAUCUCCAUUUUCACCAUCGUCCUCCUCUACUACUGGCGACUUCAAUACUCACCUCAAGCCGGAGAAGAAAGAAUGCAGCCAAAGCCGGUGAUUCCGGAAAAGCCUGGCCUUAUCAAGGAGCCGACCAAUGACGAUGGGACAAUAUCACAACAUUCACCUACUUCCAUUUCUCUAAUCUGGAGCACAUCAAUUGAUUUUAUGACCGAAACUUCCCAUAUACCUAUAGCUACUGACACCUCGCCGAGUCCAAAUGUCACCAUCUCACAAGGAACAUUCACCGGCAAACAAACCUCGAAAUAUCCACAAAUACUUGAAGAGUUCCUUGGAAUCCCUUACGCAUUACCACCAACAGGAGACCGAAUAUUUAGACCUCCCAUCCCCGUGAAUGCAUCAAAUGCAAUUUUUGACGUCACAAAAUCUGCCCCGAGAUGUAUGUCCGGUCCAGACAAUGAACCUCAAAGUGAGGGUUGUCUUCAUCUAAACAUAUAUCGUCCCAAGGGCACAAAUUCAUCAAGCGAAAAAGUGCCGGUUUUGAUUCACGUUCAUGGAGGAGCAUUCAAUUUUGGGUAUGCAAAUGGUAGGGAGAUAGCAUCUCUAGUGGGCUGGUCCAAGGAGCCUUUGAUCGCGGUCACGUUUGAGUAUAGAGUAGGGGCUUUGGGAUUUCUACCAUCGAAAUUAAUGGCUGAGGAAGGGGCAUUGAACUUGGGAUUGAAAGACCAGAAACUUUUGUUUGAAUGGGUGCAGAAACAUAUUUCGGCCUUCGGUGGUGAUCCGGAUAAUGUUACGUUGAUGGGCCCAUCAGCUGGAGCUCAUUCUAUCGGUCAUCACUUAAUGAACAAUGAUGGUUCUCCUCCACCAUUUGCCAAAGCAAUCAUCGAAUCGGGUGGAGCCACCGCUCGAGCUGUCUACUCUUAUGAUAAUCCACUCCACGAAAGUCAAUUCUCCGAAUUUCUCGACAAGCUUGAUCUUUCUAGCACUCCCCGCGCUCAAAUACUCUCCAAACUUCGCAGUCUUCCCGUCUCAGCCAUAAAAGCUGCCUCCCAGCAAAUCUUUGAAUCCUACAACCCAUCUCUUCGCUGGCCCUUCCAACCAUGCGUCGAUGGACCCGGUCCCAACAGCAUUAUCCCCAUCCCUCCUAUCCAAGCCGUUUUGAACAACACCUACCAUCGUAUCCCUAUUCUCACCGGAUAUAACACCAACGAAGGAUCUAUCUUUGUCCCCAAAGCCCCUAAUAACGCAGGUUCCUUUAUCGAUUUCUUCCACGUUCUCCUACCCAGUCUUUCGAUGGACGAUCUCUCAACCCUCGACUCCCUCUAUCCAAACCCCGAUGUCAAACCAAACUCCCCAUACGCCUUCAAUAACACUGCUCUCAUAGUAGGAAACCAAUAUCGACGUCUCGCUAAAGCAUAUGCAGAUUUCGCGUAUAUAAGUCCUGUGCGUCAAACUGCCUAUUUUGCUUCAGAUGAACAUCCCUAUGAAAAUUCGAGGAGAAAUUCAACUUCCUUCAAGAAAUCUCCAGUCUACCUAUAUGAAUACGCAGUCAAUAGCAGCAUCCUCCAUGGUGCCGCACACGGCGAUCAAUCCCCCUUCCCAGUAUUUUCCUCCGAGGUUACCAGAGAGUCCAAAACUAUCAAAGAUAUCGCGGGCAUGAUGCAUGCAUACUGGACAUCCUUUAUCAUUUCUCAAAUAGGAGACCCAAAUGCAAUUCCGGGUAGAUAUCCGGCUCGAAUGCUGUGGUCAGAGUAUAAGGGUGGGAAUGGGAAAGGGAAAAGGCAGAAAAUGGUCUUUGGUAGGGGAAAUGAUGAGAUUGCUGGGGGUAGGGAGAAAGGUGUUGUGGUGGAGAUGGAGGAGGAUAGGAAGGAUGGGAAGGAGGGAGAAGCUUGUGAGUUUUGGUGGAAGAGAGUUGGGUUGUGGGAGGGGUAA